GCUGCUGUCUGCUUUUUAACGUGUGUGGGCGGAGGCGUUGGUGGGUUGGGUGUGUGUUGUUGGUCCAAAAGUGACAUUUGGUUGCGUUUGUGAGGCAGCAAUGUGAUCGGAGGACAUGGAGACUGACGCACCUACCGCAGAGGAUUUGACAACAGCAGCUACCUCAAGAUCCUGAGACCCGUCUGAGCUCAGGGAUGGCCGUGGUUGCCGUUCUGAAGUGGACCCCCCCCUUGACGGUCCUCCUGUAUCUACAUGCAGUCGCAGGGAUGUCCGGAUGGAGCGGAUGCUUGGACGGUCAGGACGUAUACUCCAGGGUGGCGGAAAACAGCCUCUGUGGAGAAGUGGUGGCUGACCUCAUGGCGGACCACCCUGUGGAGGGCAUUGAGUGGAGACUGCAAGGGAAAGAUGCCGAUUGGUUCUUCUUGGAUGGAGGAGUCAUACAUUUGAAUACUUCACCUGAGAAAGUGCUCGACCGAGAGCUGCAGGGUCCCGUCCUGAUGGCGGAACUGUCGUGCUAUGAAGACGACGUGCUUCAGAGUGUUUCCAGGAUAGUGGUGGAGGUUCUCAAUGAGAAUGACAACUGGCCCGUGUUUGCGGAAGACACCAUCCAAUCUGUUGUCAUCAGUGAGCUGACUCCGGUCAAUGCGCUCGUGUUUACCAUCCUGGCAACUGAUGCAGACAAUGACCAGAUCAUUUACUCCAUUGACCAGUCAUCUCCUGACGCAGACUACUUCAAAAUCGAUUUUCGCAACAGCGGUGCAGUGAUACUCGCCAAAUCUCUCGACUACGAGACCAAAACUCAGCUCUUUCUCACCAUCCACGCCUCCGAAAUGAACACGGCCGAGCACUUCAACACCAGCACCGACGUCACGGUUGACGUCCAGGACGGCGAUGACCUGUACCCUCAGUUCCUGCCCUGCACGCUGCUGUUCCAGGACCGCACCAAUCGGAUUUGCACCAGUCCCGUGUACACUGUCAAUGUCACAGAAGGCAAAGAGGACUUUGUGCUGGAUUUCUCUCCUGGUCCUAUCCAUGCAGUGGACGGAGACAGAGGACUCAAGGCCACGCUCAGCUAUGCCAUCCUCUCAGGGGACGACCACGGUCGAUUCCUGAUGGACCGGCAGACUGGGGAGGUGAGGUUCACCCGGGCGGUGAAAGACAGACUCACCACACCGGCACUGCAUCUUCAAGUCAUGGCCUUUCAGGACGACGACCCCAGGAAGUACUCUGUUGCCACGGUGCUUGUCCGCGUGCUGGCGGUGAACCAGUUUCAUCCAGUGUUUGACAUGGCUGAAUACCACGGCUUUGUGACUGCGGGGAAGAGUCCCGCUUCUCUAGUUUAUACCUACGGCAACAGAGCGCUGAUGUUACAUGUGCAGGACCAGGACUUUAAACAUGGAUUUAAUCCGAUGAUCUACUUCACCUUCAGCCCCACGUCCAAUCACACAGGGAUCUACCGGCUCACACAGGAGGGGCUUCUCAUUGCCAGAACCAAUCAGCUCAAAGCGAGACAAAAGCACCUUCUGCACGUAAUGGCACGAGACCGGGAGUCAGGCGACACCGUUGACUCUUCUGUGGUGGUGGAGGUGUUAUCUGAAAGCCAAUCAAUUCCUCUGAGCGCGCUGAUAGACGACCGCACCAUCAGCUGCACCCUUGGCAAAGCCUUGUUCCUCAGCACAGCCUUCCUGACGGUGGUCGGAUGCGCCAUGGCUCUGGUUCUGUGGAUCAAGAGGAAACACAAGGGCCAUCUGGACCCCCUGGAAAGAGGCUGCGUAGCCCAGGGCAAGCACCCCAAUGUGAGCCUACGGUGGUUCCAACUGGUGAAUCCGAGCAGCGGCACCCCACGGGUGGAUGAUGUGAGCUUCAGCAGUGAAGACUACGGAACCAUCAACCCUUCAUUCAGCUUCACAGGAAAAGACCAGGGGCCAGUCCAGCCCAACAACAACAACCCAACGGCUCCCCUUGAUGCUACAUUGAGCUUGGCUGAAGCUAUGUGUACCACCAUCACCUUCAACAACAGCGUCUCCACUCCCACCAAAAGCCUGUCUUGCUUGUCUACCUUCCGGCCCAACUCUGUGGACAUCAACCCUGUCGAGCCCAAAGAAAGCGGAUCGGAAACACCUCCGCUGGAAGCAACUAUACCUUCCACAUGUCUCGACUCGCAGACAAACAGCAGCGAGGAUCCCGUUGUCAGCCUGGCCAGCCCCUCGCCCUCUUCUGCUAGCGUCCCCCACAGCCAGGCCCGAAUCGCCUCUGCCGAGAUAGAGAAACCUUUUGGCAAACCUUGCGCGGGGUCACCCCCAAACUCUACGCACUCCUCUAUACUGUCCUCGCCACUGGCCAAACAGACAAGCACGCCGCCGCCCACACCAGAGCAGGCCCCCUUGAAGGCCACGCUGGUCAUGGUGGACGUGUCACCUGAACCAUCGGAGCAGAGGUGGAGCGAAGAGGAGGACCAGCCUUGCACGUCGCUGGACCAGCUGGAACAACCGGAACACCGGGAGCAGCCGGACCACCCGGCGACCUCCGAGGAUGAUGACGGAACUCUGGCCGAUGAAGACGUCGAUAAGAACAGUGGCAGCGAGUUGGAGGAGGAUGAGGAAGAGCUACUCAGGGUGAUGUCCCGGUGCAAACCCAUGUUUGUCACGUUCACACAGUGAUGGAGGAAAUGGAUGCGGGCAGUGGAAACAAGGGACGCUUCAACCUAAUAUAGUGAACCCCCAUUAUUCAAAUUUAAAAAUCUUCAUGUAAUUGACACUUCACCAAAAUGUUUAGAAUGGCCAAUACUAACAGUUGGAACCCUAAAUAUGCUCCAAACUAUGACCUCAAAACACUUUAAUACCAUUUCAAACUCAUCUUACCACAUUACCGUGAAAAAUAAAUGGCUUACAGCGCUGGCGUUUGUCGCCUUUGGAAUUUGUCACAAUACUAAUUACCAGAUGUGGGGGACUCAUGUCGCUUGCCUGCUUACAUGUGACAAUCAGCAAUUUCAAAAUACUGUGUCAUUUGUGCUUUUGAAAGAAAGUCUUUGUGUAGUGCAUGCAAAUCUGGCAACACACCAGGAUGGAUGCUAUGAUGCGAAGUGCAGAUGCUACCAGAUGAAACACAUAGGCUGUGAUAGGAGAUCUAAAGAUUAUAACAGUAAGUAAACUGGUUUUGGAACUCUU